AUGCCUUUUGGGUUAACUAACGCACCAGCUGUUUUUAUGGAGUUGAUGAAUAGAGUAUUUCACCCUUAUUUAGAUCAGUUUGUGAUGGUCUUUAUCAACGACAUUCUGAUCUACUCUCGAACAGAAGAAGAUCAUGCACAACAUUUGGAUUUUUUUUUGCAAGUGCUAAAGAAGAACCAACUUUUCGCAAAUCUAAGCAAGUGUGAAUUUUGGCUGAGUCAAAUAGCAUUCUUGGGUCAUAUUAUUUCACCUAGGGGCAUUGAGGUUGAUCCUGCGAAUGUAGAAGUAGUAAAGGGAUGGGGUGCACCCGUUAGUGUGAUUGAGGUGAGAAGUUUUCUGGGUUUGGCCGGCUAUUAUAGAAGGUUCAUCAAGGGAUUCUCCAAGAUCACCUUGCCUCUUACUACCUUGACCCGAAAAGAUCACAAGUUCGUUUGGACUGAGGAGUGCGCAGACAGCUUUGAAACAUUGAAAAACAGUUUGAUAACAACUCCUAUUCUCACAAUUCCAGAUGAAGUAGAAAAUUUUACUGUGUUCACUGAUGCCUCAAAGCAUGGCUUGGGGGCUGUGUUUAUGAAGAAUGGAAAUGUUGUAGCAAAUGCUUCAAGGCAACUCAAGACCCACGAAAAGAAUUAUCCCACGCAUGACUUGGAAUUAGUAGCAGUUGUGUUCUAUUUGAAGAUCUAG